AUGAGUAUAAACAAGGAUAAUGUUAGCUCAGAAGUAUCAAAAAUCGACCAUGGUGUUGACACACAUUCAAUAAACAGUCAGUUGAACCAUAAUGGAGAUGAUCCAGAGAAAGAUGCAGGUAUAGAUCACCAAUAUAGUAUAGGAAGUGAAUCAGAUGGAUCCUCCAUCUUUGGUGCGGAUCGUAACAAGUUGAAACCAGCUUUAAAACAACGUCAUCUUCAAAUGUUGGCCUUGGUUUUGGUCUUUGGUACAGGUAUUUUCUUAUCAAGUGGAGGGGUCUUAGCUACAACAGGUCCUUUGGGGACAUUAAUUGCAUUUGCUGGUAUAGCUCUGAUUGUUGGGUUAAAUCAAAUGGCUCUAGCUGAAGUUGCUGCUUUAAUGCCAGUAACAGCUGCUACUAUUCGUCACUUAGAACAAUUUGUUGAUCCUGCUUGGGGGUUCGCUUAUGGUUGGAUUUAUGUCUAUACAAUGGUUGUCCCUGGUGAAGUUAGUGCUGCUGCUUUAAUUAUUUCAUAUUGGUCUGAUAUAAACCAAGCAGUUUGGAUAACCAUUGUGAUUGCUAUCAUUAUUGCAAUUAAUUCAUAUAAUGUUAGAUUUUAUGGUGAAGUCGAAUUUGUGUUUGCAAUGAUAAAGAUUUGCUUAUUAAUAGGGUUGAUUAUUGUUUCUAUUGUUAUUACAGCGGGAGGCGCACCAAGUCAUGAGACAAUAGGAUUCAGAUUUUGGAAAAAAUCAAACAUUUUCAAAGAAUACAUCACUACAGGUAGCUUGGGGAAAUUUGCAGGGUUCUGGAAAACUUUCACAGUUGUUGUUUAUUCCUAUGGUAGUGUUCAAGCUGUACCAAAUUUAGCUGCUGAAGUUAAAAAUCCAAGAAGAACUGUAUUUACAGCUUGUAAAAGAAUUUUCUACAGAGUUAGUAUAUUGAUGUUGAUUAUAGUAUUUUGUUUAACUUUGAUUGUCUCUUCUGAUGACCCUAAAAUUGCCAACUCAUCAGGUAAUGCUAGCUCUUCCCCAUUUGUGAUUGCAAUGAAUAAUGCAAAAAUCAAAGUUUUGCCACAUAUUGUCAAUGCUGCUGUUCUUACCUCUGCUUUUAGUGCAGCUAAUGCUUGCAUAGUCAACACCUCAAGAGCGCUAUUUGCUUUGGCUGUUAAACAUCAAGCACCAAAAGUGUUUUUGAAAACAAACAAGCAUGGAAAUCCUUGGGUUGGAAAUCUGUUUGCAUUUGCAUUGUUACCUUUGGCAUAUAUGAAUGUGUCAAAAAAAGCAGCUGAUGUUUUUAGUUGGUUUCAAGCUUUAGGUUCUUCAAAUUUAUUACUGGGCUGGAUAUUAAUAUCUGCUAAUCAUAUCCAUCUCAAAAGAGCUAUGAAGGCACAAGGUAUACCAAAUGAAAGAUUGCCACAUACUUUGAGGUUUGCAACACCUGCUGCUUGGAUUUCUGGUAUUUUUUCAUUCAUCUUGCUUCUAACUGGUGGAUUUGCAAAUUUCAUUCAUGGUAAUUUCCAAAUUUCAAGUUUUUUUAGUUCUUACUUUGUUAUUCCAUUAUCUUUAUGUCUUUAUUUUGGAUGGAAAUUUGCUAAAGGUACAAGAUAUUAUAGACCACAUGAAGUUCAAUUAGAAGCGCUGUUCAAAGAUGCCGAAGAAAAUCCAGAAGAACCUGCCCCAAAAUUAACUGGAUGGAGGUGGAUAACGCUUCUCUGGUCAUGA